AGGGUCGGGAUCGAACCCACGACCUCCUGUAUACCAGGCGAGGUAGUUAACAUCUCCUAGCCACCGUGACGCCCCCUUGCAUUAUCCGUGUGUGUAUUCGUGCUGUUGGUCAUGGAUUACAGCUCUCACGAACCAAAUCAUUCAGGGUACGUCUGUAGCUGUGUUCAGUGGCGCAUUCAUCGAGCGUGUAGGCAGUGCAACUGCACCAUGACCCAUGCCAACCACGCGAUACGGCACCGACUGGGUGAAUGAGGGUGGUACACGUGUUGGAAGUGCGUUGGGCGACUGUCUGACCUUUCGAUUGGAGGGAAGGGCAUUGCCUGCCCUGCGGGGGGCAUUGACAGGGUGCGUUGGUGUCACAGACUGUGGAUCACGCAGCGAGAGUGGGAUGUCUAUCUCUCUAUAUAACAAAUCUGGUGUCGUUCAUCAGAAGAUUCGUGUGGAGCUGUGAGCCCGGUCCAUUUUGGAUCCGGACCUCAAAUCGAACCCUCACUCAUCUACAUGUCACCCUCCUCCUCCUCCUCUAAACAAGGUGCUGCUCAGUCUUCCCAUCCAGUGAUCGCGUCCUGGUGGUGGUAGCGUCUGCAACGACACAGACGACGGUGUCGGUGUUGAAAAUGAUGAUGGUGGCGGUGAUAGCCACGACGAUGAUGACGACGACCACCAUCAUCCUGAGUCUGGGCGACCUCCAGAUCAGCUCGGCCGCCUCUCCUGCAUCUCGCCGAACCUCAAACAGCAGCAGCAGAAGCAAGGCCAUCGAUCCGAUCGGCACACUGCACGAAGUCUCACCACCAAUACCAGCGGCAGACGAGCACGGCAGGGAUAAACAUGGCCCAGGGAUGGAGGAGACACGCGCCGAGGAGGAGGAGGCAGAGGCGGUGCCGGCGAUCAUCAAGGAGCCGGUUGAGACCUGCAGGGGCUACUACGACGUGAUGGGCCAGUGGGACGCACCGUUCGACUGCCUGACCAAGCCCUACACGCACUGCUGCGGCACCUGCGGCUUUCGCUUCUGCUGCCAGUUCCUGCGCGAGAAGCUGAACCAGCGGUCGUGCAACAAUUACGACUCACCGGGCUGGGCUGACGUGGAGCAGCACCUGGGCGCCGGCGGCGCUGCGGGCUCCGUCACGCACGACAAACGCCACCCGCAGCACGAACGCGCAGCGCCACACGCUGCCGUGAUCGCCGCGUGCGGGGUGGGCGCCCUGCUCGUAGUGGGGGCGGUGUUCGCGGGGAUCGGGCUGCGCAAGUUGGCGGCGGAACGGGAGAUCGGCCGAGCGAGCAGGCUCUCGGAGAUAGUACAGCAGGAAGGACAGCUGGGGAUGCAGAUCCUGCAAUGUGCAGGGACUGAAGAAGAAAAAGCAGCAGCAGCAGCAACAACAACAACCACCUCUGCGGAGUUUCCAUGUGAAACAUCGACGCUGGGUGCCGCUGUGUAUGGAGGAGCGGCGUUCUUUGUGCAGAACGCAUUGGCCGGGCAGCACAGCCCCCACCACCCACCCACGGCCAUGCCCACAAUGCCCCCAAUGCCCCCCUUGUCCGUGCCCACCAUAGAGACCCUGCACGCCUCCCCCAAGCGACGCAGGCACAGCGUGUCCUCCAUAAACUCGCUCGACGACGAUGAUGACUUCAGGUGUCGCCAUCAGGGCCGCUGCUCAGGGCGAGUAGCAGGAAGGCCCCCCGUGAUCCAGGGCCUCCCGCGGGCCCCCUACCCCCGUCGCCACCAGCAAGCGGGACGCGGGACCCCUUGCAAACUCCGAAUGACCAAGAUGUAUCCGGACCCCGAGGGGUUUCGGUGGCAGGAUCCCUCGGCUGGCGCCCAGCCCCCGCAAGACACACGUUGGCAGGGUCGUAGGUCUACAACCGUGGACCACAGCACUCAGCAGCUGAACCCCGGGCCGACCCGCGCGUAUCACUCCACCUACUCAAAGCGAGAGGUCGUCGUGUAGAACAGGGGCUCCUCCAACUUUAAAACGUUGUUGUAGUUCCCACCCCCCCCCCCCCCCCCCGAAUUGGUAUCCCGUUUGUUGCUAUCGCCGUCGCGCCAUCAAACGAGGAACCCAUUGGCAUCUCUCGAAGAGGUGUUGCGCAACCGGUUGAGUCGGAGGCUGGUCCGCUGAAGUGGAUACCACAGAGCUACCUCUGAGAUCCCUUCUUCAGGUGUCCCCCGAUUCACACAGCAGAGGGCAGCAAUCUGCCAAGUUUUAAACACAUCCCAUUAAUUCAGUUACCCGAACUGAACCUCAAAUUUUUGGUUUUACCUUUUGAUGCCGCGUUAUUUGGGUUACUCAAACAAGCGACAGGGUUUCGUUUUUGUUUAGCUUGCCACUUGUUCUUUUUUGCUGCACAAUGAGAUAUGUUUUCAGUGUGGUGUAUUUUUUUAUUAGACUCGGAUGACGUUUCGAGCAUUGGCCCUUCUUCAUAGAAAAUCGACCAGAGAGAGAUGGAAUGAAUGAUACGAGAUGGAGACUGCACUUUAUUGUUUUUGUAUUGCUUUGUGACAGUUCUCUGCUAAACUGGCCCCACAGUGUCCGGGUGUUCAUUGCCUCCUGUGAUCCCAGAAAAACCAACAGCGAUUGUUAAACAAGCCACGUCCCUGCUGGUGAGACGUGGAGAAGUUGAAACCUAAUAAUAGGGUUUUUCCCCUUUUUUCUGGCAACAAAACUGAAACCUUUUCACAAGGAUUCAUGUCUGCAUUAACCACAAUACCUGCAGUCAAAAUGCAAAC